UUUUUAUUUCUUACAAAAACAUCACAUAUAUAAUUCUAAACAGAGAAGAAUCGAUCCUUCCUUGCCUACAAGCAAAACCCAAGAGACACGGAGAGAUGAGAGGUACCUCGACGACUGAUCUUUCAUGGUGGCAUCUUCUUCUCUACGCUUCGCUUUGUCUUCAUUUCGUCUUAGGUGUAUCCGAUGAUUCCAAUAGUUCAAGUACUGGAACAAAGGCUGAAUCUCAUACUUCUUCCAGUAAAACAAAUGUUAUCCUUAUAAUAGUUGGGUUUGGUGCUGUAGCGGGAUUAUCGUUUUUCCUAUAUAAACUGUGGCAAAAGAAGAAAAGAGACGAGCAGUAUGCUCGGCUUUUGAAACUGUUUGAGGAGGAUGAUGAGCUCGAGGUUGAAUUAGGGCUCCGUGAUUAAUAAAAAAGCAAAUCUUUAACAAUGUCUGAGGUGUGUAUCAGAUCAUACCAUGGGUUUAUACAUAAAAGCAUUGGAAAUAUUGGAGUAUAUAUAUACUUAAAACGAUGUAAUUUUGACUCAAUCAUUAUAAUUCUCGGUUGGAAGCUCUCGAGAAAUUGUUCGUCUUUAGCGUUAGGUCAAUUUUUGUAAAACAGUUAUAUUCAUAAACUUCUUCUAUGUUCUUUUAUUUGUUUGCUUGUGAAAUUUAGAUAUGUAUUUGUUCCUGAACCUCAUUGAUUGGUUAAAUUUGAUGUCU